CGUCACGCGCGUGCGGCGCGCUGAUUGGACGGCGCUGGCUCACGCGAGGCCGCGCGCCACGGGCCCCCCGUGGACACGAGACUCGGACUCGGCGACUCGGACUCAGCGGUGACUCGUACAGAGAGAGAGAGAGAGACGGUCGCAGAGGGACUCGUACACAGAGACUGCCAUAGAGGGUCACACACAGAGGCACUCGCCCACAGAAACUGUCAUAGAGGGUCACACACGCACAGAGACUGAUAAGAGAGUCUCAGGUUGAUUCUUAUCGAGGGAAUCUUGAUUGACUCACACAGCGGGACGUAACAAACAUAAAGACUCGGCUCAUACAGAGAUACAGAAACUCAAAACAGCGUGUGAUGCACAGAGAUACAAAGUAAUACAGUCUAACACAGACUGAUGCAUAGACAGUUUCAUGCACAGACGGACUAAUACAUAGACAUCGUGAGUUUCAUACAUUGAGUAUUCAGUUUAGCCACAAAGACGCUGAGACACCCAAAGCGUGGGACAAGAGAACACCAAAGACAUCACACCAGGAGGCUGUGGUACUCUUGAUCUCCUGGAAAACCAGAAACCCACUCCGAUCAAGUUGAGAGCUUGAACAACAAACCAUGUAGACUUGAGCUAAAGUGCAUCAAUACAGACAAGAAAACAAACUGAGAAAGUACAAACUAAGAGAAGGGGACGCUUAGACACGUUUGUCUUUGAUUGCGUCUUCCACUUGGGAAACCAUCAAUCUCUCAACGCUUCAGAUGAACCCUGCAAUGUCUCAUACGAGUCCAGAGCAGACCUCCUCGACAAUGGGCCGACUGGACUGGAGUGCCUUGGCCGCGUUUGCCAGCCCGUGGCUGCAGGGCCCGCUGAGCACCCACUCGUGGGUGAGCCUGGUGGCGCGGGGCGCCGUGCUGUUUGCCGUGGGCGUCUUCCUCGCGCUGGUGCUCAACCUGCUGCAGAUCCAGCGCAACGUCACUCUCUUCCCACCCGACGUGAUCGCCAGCCUCUUCUCCUCCGCGUGGUGGGUGCCGCUCUGCUGCGGCACUGCAGCAGUUGUCAUUGGGCUGCUGUACCCCUGCAUCGAUAGACGCCUGGGGGAGCCUCACAAAUUCAAGCGCGAGUGGUCGAGCGUAAUGAGGUGUGUCGCCGUCUUCGUUGGAAUCAACCACGCCAGUGCCAAAGUGGACUUUGCCAACAACAUCCAGCUGUCGCUGACGCUGGCCGCCCUGUCCAUCGGCCUGUGGUGGACAUUUGACAGAUCACGGAGUGGCUUUGGCCUUGGCAUCGGCAUCGCCUUCCUUGCGACGCUGGUCACGCAGUUGCUGGUCUACAACGGAGUGUACCAGUACACGUCCCCAGACUUCCUCUACGUGCGCUCCUGGCUGCCGUGUAUAUUUUUUGCAGGAGGAGUCACAAUGGGGAACAUCGGCCGGCAGCUCGCAAUGUACGAACGUCAGCUGACUCACGAGAAGCUGCACCAGGAGUGAAAGGACGGCUGGUGUCGGCCACGAAGCUUCGUGCACAACGGAGGCGAGGGGAAAGCGUGAAGAGAGACAGAGAAAAGAGAGGGGUGAUCCUAUCGGGAGUCGGUCCCAGAAGAGCGUGAAUCUCCAGUACGGCUGCACAGUGGGUAUCGAGUUGGAUACUGAGUUAACCAUGUAGGAAGAGCCGUGUGUGUAUAGAGCGGUGUAUGCUCGCGUGACACACGCCGCCACGUUACAGUGAGCAAUGCAAACCCAAUAUGAAAAGCGACACAUUUGCCGACAGCUUGUUGAUGCGUAGAGAGUAAUUAAGUGGUAUACACAGGUCACUUCCGAGUACAUUUUAAGAAUGUGUGGCCAUCUUUUUACAUGAACGGUGUUGUUUUGUUGAUAUCCGUUCAUGCGAGGUACGACGCCAAUGAUGACACCGUAGAUCUUGCUCAAAGCAUCCAGUGUUUGACACCUUUCAGAGUUCAUCAGUAGGCGUUAGAGUUGGUUAGAGAACUCUGAUCGGUUUUCUUUAUACGGAAGUAUUCGUGUCAGUUGAGUUUUGUAACAUAUCAACUGUAAAGGUAUUUCAUUUUUAACUUUUCAAUUCAGCAUGUGCGAUUACCGGAGGAAACGUGUAAAUUGCAGUUAAAAUGUAAUGCACCGUUUUGAAAUGAACAACAUAAAAGUAAUGGUUGAUCAAGAAACUCAAUUCAAAUUGUGGUUGUUUUUUAGCAUUUACUAUUCAACUGCAGGCAACCACAACUGAUCAGAACGUGAGACGAUUACAAAUCACGUGCCUGUGUGCAUAUCCCAGCAUGAAGUUAUACAUUUGGAAAAGUAAUAGCUAAAUUGACGUCGAUUUUUACCCAACAGUUACAAAAUAAUUGGCAAAAGUGGGAUAUGUUGAAAGGAAUUCUACCAUUUGCAUUCACCCUUUAUGUUUUUGUAAAUACAGAGGUUGUGCCUUUUGUGAAUUCUCAGGGCAUAUCCUACAUAUUUCGCAAUAGCUCCUGUUAACUUAUCGUUUUGAAUGCAUACACAUUGACCGUUCCCUGUCGUCAUGAUCGGAGAGGGACCUUGUCCAAUCUGGAACGUGCGAAAGAAACAGGUUCGUUAACGAAUGACACAACCCAAUGAACAACUGGGUUCUGUUUAAUUUCUAUGUCAAAGCAGGGUGUCGGUCUGCAGCGGUGCUGCAGUGGAAAUUCACUUUGUGUGAGAAUAGCAGUGGAAAUUCACUUUGUGUGAGAAUAAUAACGUGCCAGUGCUCCCCCCCAGAAACCCAUUUCCUGGUUCGAGGUGGAUUUGUGACCGUUAUGAGCUCCACAGAUCCUGAGCUCCAUUCACCAACAUGAAUUUUCUCUUCCCCCCCCCCCCCCCGCUUAGUGAUGCUUAUCGUGAUAUUGCCGUGAGUUAGAGGGGCAACACCUUGUGAACGAAGGUGAUGGCCUUCAGCGUUUGCUGUGAGUCAGCAUUGAGGCCACACAGGUGGCUUACCGUGCAUGUGUGCAAGGUGCGGUGAAUGAAUCGGGAGACCCUGAAGUCCGAUUAGAAGUGAAUUGAUAUGGUUUGGUGGCAAUACCAGAGGAUAGUAAUCCCCACGUGGCAGUUGUAUGCACAAGCAUGCAGCUACAAAAUAGCAGCUAUCUUGCUUACGGGUUGUCUUCCUUUAAACGAAACCUCAUUCGUGUUAAUCAUGACGGCUGGCUCCAGGCAACCGAUCUAACACUCUUAUUCUUAUUUAAAGUCCGCUACGGUGUAUGUUGUCACUCCAAAAUGAACAAUGUUCUGAGUAUUUUGCCAUUUGCAGCCUACUGGUUGUUGAUUCUAUACCUUCUUGACACUCGUUAUUUGUGGAUUACCUCUGUAAGUAGACUGCAACAGAUGUCCCUUGCCUCUUGCUGCUAUGCUACUGCAAUACAUGUUAAGGUGCACAGCACACAUGUGCAUCCCUUCCGUUAAGAAUACUUGAACGUGACCUGAAUAUUCAGAGAUUUAAGUAAUUGUGCAAAUGUUUAGCUUUGACUAUUGAGAUUCUCUCAGAGAAUCUGUAUCUUAAACGUUUUAAGUGCAAUACUAGCAGACGAUAUGCAUCCACCGCCUGCGUAAAACUAUAACACAAUCUUCAUCUAUAACGAUAUAGGUCUUUUUUGACUACCUAGAGGAAAAAAAGAAGUGGCUGUUGGCUUUUGUAAAUAAAAAAUAAACAUAACUUGUGUAUUGAUAACCGUACGUGUGUCAAAUAUAUUAAUUUGUUAAAACAUUCAUUGUGAGCUAUUGGUUGUUUGAAUGUUGACGUGAUAUUUCUUACAUGCUUGCUGGAAUUAGCUUUCUCUGUGCAUUAUUGUAGGGUGUGAAAAUUGUGUUACCCCCGUCUCGAGGAAAUAUCUCUUGCAUAUAAAAAUAAAUAUCCUAAGACAUGGAAACUCUUGAAAUAUCUUAUCUAACACAUAUAAAACAUUACAAGUCAAGGAAACUCCCAAGGUUAACAGUAGGUGUCCUGUGGAGAAAAUGGCUUUUUGCCUUAGGAAUGUGGAAUUUACACCACUAGCUCGAGUCUCCCAAUUGGAGAUGUGUGCUGCCCCGUUAUUUGGGCAGGCAGAAUCGUCAAAUUAAAUUCUGCAAUCGCUUGUCCGAUGUUAUUUUAGAGUCCGUGCCAAAAACGACCUGCUAAGGCUAGUUCAAGCUGAUUUUAUUGCCUGGGUAUAAAUGUUGCACCUCUUGAAAUCAUACUCAAGCAAUGUGACCUUGAGUGUGCACGAUGAAGUUCAAGAGUGGAGGCCCUGGACAAGUGUUAGAAAAAAUAAUAACCCAACAUGGGUAGAUGAGAUCACCUGGCCAUGGCACUGUAUCAGUGUUUACACUGGAGAGUUAAUUCUGAACAAAUGCUCAGAUUAGAACAAAAUCAAGAGUUUAAUAACACUCCCUUUGUGUGAACACCGCUGAUUGCACUUCUUGGCCUUGUUUAAAGGGCAAGACUCUACAAAACAAACGUGUACAAUCUUCUUAAAAUGACAUCGCAAACAUCCGACGGCCCAGUUUAAUGCAGCACAUAAUAAUCAUUAGUAUUAUUUUAAACUAUUCUCAAUGAAUUCCAAACUGUUUGGCCACACUUAGAAAAUGUAUAAGUGAGUUCAUUAAAACAAAUCUAUUGCGUUUCCUUGAGCCGGCAAAAGAUUAUCUGAAUGUGUUUGCCGGGUAUGACCUUUGAACAUGAAACUCUGGUAACUUCCAAUGACAUCGCAAACAUCCGAGGGCCCAGUUUAAUGCAGCACAUAAUAUGCAUUUGUAUUAUUUUAAACUAUUCUCAAUGAAUUCCAAACUGUUCGGCCACAUUUAGCAAAUGUAUAAGUGAGUUCAUUAAAAAAAAAUCUAUUGCGUUUCCUUGAGCCGGCAAAAGAUUAUCUGAAUGUGUUUGCCGGGUAUGACCUUUGAACAUGAAACUCUGGUAACUUCCACGCUGUCGACACUGACCUGUUGCGCCAGGUCAGUGUCGGCAGCGUGCGGCGUGCACCGACUGGCUCACGGUGGUCAUGUCAAGGGAUUUGGCAGCACAGGUGCCGAAUAAGCGUGACGGGGAUCCCUCCAUUACCAUGUCAUAGGUUUGAGACGCGAGCAGGGUGUUGCAUGAUCCACGUAUCCAGUGUUGGGAGCAUUCAAGGAAAUUAAUUAGUCUGAUUACCGGAGAGAAGUAACCUAUUUUCACAGUAGCAUGGUCUGAUUACUUAGUUUUAUUAAGACUCAUAAUUUCAUACCGGGUUUGUUUGGCCAUGGAAAUAGAAAGUCAAGUCCUGUACUAUGGUUGUGAACUGCAUAGCAUAGUCUGCAUUGGCUAAUGUCCUCACACUAAACCGAGCUGCUUAUAUUAUUUUUCCAUUUUUUUUUCUUAAAAUAGGAUAAGUAAACAACUGCUACAAGCUAACUAACGCGACUACACAAUGAAAACAGAAUGUCAUUGUCAAUACCUACCUUUGGAAAUAUAAAUACAAUAGCAUUGCUUACAAUGCGUUAGUCCCCGACGCUUGGGACUAUCUGCUCUGUGACCUUGCUUCGUGAACCCAGAUAAAUCUCGGUCGAGCAGAGUGCUCCCAAUUUUGAGCCCAGGGGUUCACAUCCCAGCCAGGGUUGACUCGGUCCAUCACCAACAUCGUCAUCCCUCUAGGAUCAAUGCAAUGGGUACCACAUUUUUGAUCACGUGGUGCUGUGGACAUUGUCCUUAUCUCCCUUGUAAGGCACCAACCACCGUCGUAAAAAAUGUAGGAUUAUGUGCGUACCAUAAAUUCAGUGUAAUAGCAUAUUUCUGUAUACUUGUGUUCAAACUCUAAUGUAUAUACAUGUUCAAUUGCCUAAUGCCACACUGUAAAAAAAUGAAUAAUUGAUCAAGGGGGUCACUGUUAUGAUAUGAAAUGGUGAGCAUUGCCCGGCAGUAUACAAGAGGACUUAUUCACCCACGGUAUAUUUGACUGAACAGUGUUGCUAUCUCAUAACAUUUUUUCCCUCACCUGCAAAAGCACUUCCAUUUUCAUUUGAUCUGCAUUAACAUUAAUUAUAAGUGGACAGCGCUUCCGGCUGCGUGGUUGAAAUAUUGACAAUUGAUGGCACUAACGCCAUGGUGGACACGUGAAGCUUUCGACGGAUGGAACUUGAAUGUGUAAAGCGUGUACCCAUACUUGCCGUUUGCGUCGCGACCUAUGUAAGACAUGAUUUAACUAGGAUCUGCGCUGUAUAUAACAUCUGUACGGUCGCAGGAUGCCCACGAAAUAGAGCCUUACAACUUAUUUCGGCCCUGCUGAAAUAAGAACCUAAAACUUGUGCGAUAAAAUAUUAAUCCUACCAAGUUUGUGCAUCUAUAUAGUUGUAUAGACCUACAUCAAACUGCUGUCUAAAUAUAUAUGUGUAUAUUAAAUUUAUGGUACCUUUAAGGACACCCUGUACGGUUUUUUUUUUGUCCAGAAAAAAAUGAUGGACUUGCCUGUCGUUAUACAUUUUACGUGAUGCAAAUUUGGGCGAGCUUAUUUCCUCUUUGUAGGCAAUAGUAUUGUCGGUGUUGCAUAUGUGGUCACAAUACGCACCUCGCGCAAAUGUGCAUACAAAAGUCGAUUAAGUCUUCAUUGUGUGUCGGGAAAAUCUCUAUUUUUCAUUCGACGUUAUCCGAUAAGAACGCUCUUUAAUUUUCUUCAAUAAAAAAUAUACCACCA